UUGCGGUGGUGAAAUGAAAUGGUCCAAUAUACUACCAUGAAAUUGUACGGUUCUCUAACAUUCAUCAAACAAACACACUCUUCAAUCCUUAACCACUCCGUUACAGUUAUUAUUCUCUCCAUCUCAUCCAUCAUCUUAAUCAUCUUUCAUCAUUUCCAACAAUAACUAAUUCAUACAGCAACCAUGAUGGACAUGAGCCCCGCUGGGAAAGAUGGACAAUCUCCUCCCAGUUCAAAGAAAACUUCAAAAAAACCUAAAUAUUCAAAAUUCUCACAGCAAGAACUUCCUGCAUGGAAACCGAUUCUAACACCUGGAUGGGUCAUUGCUGCAUUUACUGUCAUUGGAGUCAUCUUUAUCCCUGUUGGUCUUGCUUCAUUGUUCUCAUCAGAAAGGGUAGUGGAAGCUGUAUUCAGAUACGAUGACACGUGUCUUCCUUCCUCUGAUGCUGGAAAUCCAGUUGCAUUUAUUAAAAAUGAUGCUACUAACAAGACAUGCACUCAUAAAUGGAUCGUUGAACACAAAAUGCAAGCUCCUAUCUUUAUCUACUAUCAGCUUGAUAAUUACUUUCAAAAUCAUCGCAGAUAUGUUAAGAGUAGAAACGACAAGCAAUUGUGGAGUAAGGAUGCUGGAGGGGAAACAAACAACUGUUAUCCGGAAGACAAAACAGAAGAAAAUGAGCCAAUUGUUCCUUGUGGUCUCAUUGCAUGGAGUUUGUUCAAUGACACCUACAAAUUUUCAAUGAAGAACAAGAACUUAACUGUCAACAAAAAAAACAUAGCAUGGAAAAGUGACAAAGGUUCUAAAUUUGGCCAUGAUGUUUAUCCUAAAAACUUUCAGGGUGGCGGAGAGUUGAUAGGAGGUGCGAAACUCGACGAAAGCAUACCGUUGAGUGAUCAAGAGGAUCUCAUUGUUUGGAUGAGAACAGCGGCGCUACCGACUUUCAGAAAACUAUACGGGAAGAUAGAGUCUGAUCUUGAAGCAAAUGAUGAGAUAGAUAUAUUAAUCGAGAACAAUUAUAACACAUACGAGUUUGGAGGUAAAAAGAGGAUGGUUCUCUCAACCACAACUUGGAUUGGUGGGAAAAAUCCUUUCAUAGGGAUGGCAUACCUUUUUAUUGGUGGCAUUUCCUUGUUAUGUGCCAUAGGUUUCAUUCUUCUGUAUGUGAUCAAGCCAAGACCUCUUGGAGAUCCAUCCUACUUGUCUUGGAACAGAAAUCCAGGGAUCUUAAAAUAAUGUACUAUGACUCUCAACUUUUUUUCUUGUGAGACUUUAUUAUCUUCUUUUGUCACCAAAUCUUUGCGGCAAAGGCUCAUUUUGGAACUGUUUAUUUUGUUCUUGACUAGGUGACCAACAUGGAACAUGAGUGUAUAUAAACCUUUAUAUAAGUAUGUUACAAGUUUUGAUCUGAAAAAAAGAUGCCAAUAUUAUAUAGAGAAGAUAUUUAUAGAAAAAAGAUCGGCGAAAUGUCGACCAGAUUUUUUGACGAGUUAAACGGAAUAGAUUGUGGAUUGAGGUCAUGCAAUAUUUUUUUGA